AUAGCACACAAAAAUUUCAAGAAAGUCCCAGUUCAGCAUAGGGAAGGAUUAAAAAUUAAAAUUUUAUUCUCAGAAAGGAGGCUGUUCUUCCUACGUUUCAUUCUCUUCAGUGUCCAAAACUAACAGAAAUUAAAGCCUUUAUCUCUUUUUACCUUUCUCUUUCACGAUAAACAAAACCCUAAUUUUCCAUCUCCCUUUCUCUCCAGAAAAUCUCAAAACCUUAAAAGCAUUACAUUCUCUCUCUCUCUCUCUCUCGUUUAUCUUCGUGGGUUCUGUGUUUCUCUCUGCAUCUUUCGUCGUCUGUGACACUGAAACUCUCUCUCUCCCCUCCUCUCUAUCACUGCUUUGAAACGCAUUGUUCGGAAUUUGGCAAAUAUUAACACUUACAGAGCGGUUAUUGAAACGGUUACGUUUUGGGGUAUAGCAUCCUUUAAUCAUAGAGCGCUAGGGUUAUUUCUCCCUCGCUUUGGCUGUUUCUAUCUACAGUUUCAUUUUUCCAAAAAAAUUAAAAUUAAAUUAUUUUCGUUGUUUCUGUUCUAACCCUAACAUGUUGCAGUAACACAGAUACAGGUACGUGUAUGUGACUAGGGUUUCUAUUUGUGCACAUUAUUCCUUUCAGUGGGGGUGUUUUCUCACUCUGAUUUUAUUGGGUCUCCGGAGUCUUGAAAUUUUACUGUUCGAUGGGCGUGAACUCGGUUUACAGAGCUGUGGGUAUUUGUUUGUUCUCGCUAUAACUGUCUUUUGAACCUUCAUAUUUUGGCUUUUCGGAAUUUUUUCCUUAGAGAUGAGGGCCUACUGAGCGUGUUUGUUUGUUUUCCUUAAAUCCAUCUUGAAUUGGAAAUGGAGGUGUAGAGAGAUAGAGAGACGUGGAGACAGAGGGGCUUCUGAUUAUAUUCCAUUGCGUUUUAUGCAAAGUCUCACAUCUUGAUCACGCCAUUGCCGUUGUUCUUGGGCUCUCCAGUCUUGUACUAACUUCACGAAUCUGCUUCUUUCAAAUCUUAUUUUAUUUAAUCCUGAUUUUGCCACAAGGAUAACGACCUAUCUACCAAACACUGAACAAUUCAAUUUCCAUUGAAUAUUGUUUCUCCUUCAAUUGCUGAGUAGGAUAAUUGGUUGCGACUUGAGUAAGAUUGGGUGUUUUAGUUUUAGUGGAAAGAAGACAGGAUUAGGGAUAGAAGGUGUUUGUUUUUUUUUUUCUUUUAAUUUGUAUAGAAGGACUACAGUUCUGUUGGGGUGGGGGUUGAGGGGUGAAGAAGGCGAGAGAAGUAUAUAUUUAUAUAUAUAUUUCUUGUUAAAUCUGAUGAUGUUCAGUAUUACUCCUUAUGGAAAGAAGUGAACCCACACUAGUUCCAGAAUGGUUGAGAAGUUCUGGAAGUGUUUCAGGGGGUGGCAAUUCAGUCCACCACAUCGCAUCAUCAUCUUCUCACUCGGAUGUUUCGUACCCAGCACAUCAGGCUAGAGGCAGGAAUUCUAAGAGCAUAAGUGAUUUUGAUCCUCCUCGUUCAGCUUUUCUCGACCGAAUAUCCUCUUCUAAUUCCCGGAGGAGUUCCAGUAAUGGGUCUGCAAAGAAUGCUUAUAGUAGUUUUAGUAGAAGUCACCGUGAUAAGGAUAGAGAAAGGGACAAAGAGAGGUUGAAUUUUAGCGACCAUUGGGACCAUGAUGUUCCUGAUCCUUUGGGAAGCAUAUUGUCAAGUAGAAAUGAGAAAGAUACUUUGAGACGUUCCCAUUCGAUGGUGUCAAGGAAACAGGGCGAGGUGUUACCUCGAAGAUUUACUGUGGAUUUAAAAAAUGGGAGUAGCAGCAAUCAUGUGAAUGGCAAUGGUUUGAUUUCUGGGAUCGGUGUUGGUUGUGGCAUUCAGAAGACAGUGUUUGAGAAGGAUUUUCCCUCACUUGGGAGUGAAGAUAGACAAGGUGUGCCUGAAAUAGGAAGGGUUUCAUCUCCUGGCUUGACCACAGCUGUUCAAAGCUUGCCAGUUUGUAGUGCUGCUUUGAUUGGUGGAGAGGGAUGGACUUCAGCUCUGGCAGAGGUGCCUACUAUAGUGGGAAAUAGUAGUAGUGGUUCCUUAUCCGCUGUACAAACUGUUGCUACUUCAGCACCUGGGACUCCAAGUGUAAUGGUUGGUCUCAAUAUGGCUGAAGCACUGACUCAGGCUCCAUCAAAAACUCGUACUGCUCCACAGUCGUCUGUCCAAACUCAAAGGCUUGAGGAAUUGGCUAUUAAGCAAUCAAGGCAAUUAAUACCAGUAACACCUUCAAUGCCAAAGAGUUCGGUUCUCAAUUCAUCUGAUAAAUCAAAACCCAAAACUGUAGUUAGAUCUGUUGAGAUGAAUAUGACUGCUAAGACUCCGCAUCAACAGCCCUCUUCGUUGCACCCUGCCAAUCAAGCUGUUCUUGGGGGACAUGUCAAAUCUGAUGCACUGAAGACAUCUCAUGGGAAGCUUUUUGUUCUCAAACCAGGAUGGGAAAAUGGUGUAUCCCCCUCCCCAAAGGACGCAGCUAGUCCUACAAAUAAUGUCAGCAGAGCAGCAAAUAGCCCACUUGCUGUUCCUUCAGUUCCAUGUGCACCUUUGAGGAGCCCAAACACAAAGCUUUCCUCUGGGGAACGCAAGUCUGCUAACUUGAAUUUGAUUUCUGGGUUCAAUGUGGAAAAGAAACCUUCUAUGUCUCAAACUCAGAGCCGAAAUGAUUUUUUUAACCUCCUGAAAAAGAAAACCUUAACAAACAGUUCUGCAGCCCUCCCAGAUUCGGCCUCUGCUGUUUCAUGUCCUACCAGUGAGAAAUCUUGUGAAGUAAGCAAGGAAAUAGUUGGUGCUCCUACAAGUCCUCAGGUUAUUAAGAAUGGUGCUGAGUUGACUAGCAAUGAUUGUUCGCGUGAAGAGGUUCAGAGAUUCUCUGAAGAAGAAGCUGCAUUCCUUCGUUCACUUGGUUGGGAAGAAAAUUCUGGGGAAGAUGAGGGCCUUACGGAAGAGGAGAUCAAUUCUUUCUAUCAGGAGUGCAUGAAAUUGAGGCCGUCCUUGAAAUUCUGUCGAGGCAUGCAACAAAAGCUGCUUGAAUCUCAUGCAACUGGUAUUGUUGGAGCUUCCUCUGGACUGAGCUCUUCUGACUCUGGAUCAGAAUCUUGAUGCUGUUUCCUUGAAUAGUAGAUCCAAGAUAUUCCAAUUUUUUAAUGUCAGAUGGUUAGUUUUUCUUCUCUUCCUUUUUUAUCUUUUGAAGAAAGCUGAUGAGUUGAAUGUGGAAAGGUGGAUUUUUGGUGGAACUCUGCAUUUUGCAAGUAGUGCAAUAAGUCACAGGUGCCUCAAUCCUGCCUUCCCAAUAGAGGGGAAUUUUCCAAGGUUGUGAAGGUUGGUUUUGGGAGAGGUAGGAUAGGGACUAUUUUGUAUGAAAUGAAAGAUGCUGGAGAAAUUGCAUCUUUUUGGGGGUAUUUUGUUUUCUUUUGUUUUCUUUUUUUUUUUUUUUUCCUUCUCCUUUCUUUUCAAGAGGGUUUGAUUCUACAAAGGGGAAAAAAAGGCUUAUGGUGUUUUUUUGUCAAUUUUACGGAAAAAAAUGGAAAUCAAAAUGUUUCAUUUUUAUUCUAGC